AUGGCCAUCAGAAUCAUGCACUAUGUGCAUCAUCUGAAAAUCCUGAGCACCUCAAACACCAUCCGAGUCUUGGAAUCAUACAUCGUCCUCAGACUCGCUCCAGGUGACGAGCAUACAUGGACUGAAAACGCCAUCAUUACAUUGAUCUGGCUAAUGACUGCGGAAAGCAAUGAACAUACCGAUGUCGACUUAUUGUCCCUCGAAGGAGCUUUUGACAAGAUAUACAAAGCUUGGAACAGAGCCCUCAGUGCAGAGGCGACCCAUGGCGCACUGAUUCUAUUGUGGAAACGAAUCGAACAUACCUUCGAGCAAGGGUCGAAGGAGAUUGCGACCAAAUGGUGCCAGGUGGCAUUACAUCAAUUGUUUAGCAAUGCCGGAGACAACAACGUUGGAAAAAUUGAGAGGAAGAUAAUCAAAUGUCAAAUCGACCUCUGCGACCUCGACGCUGCUCAUUCAACCCUCGAGAAGAUGUCUCCUGCGAGAAAACAACAUCCACUUUCGCGAUAUCUGCGAUACUGCCUCGCGCUGCGGCGAGGGGAUGAAGCUGACGCGAGAUCGACACUGGCCUCCCUUGCCACCAUCCACGAUGACCGGAACAAACUAUUGUUUGCCGCUGUUUCAGAAGCAACGCAAUUCGGUAGCAAGUUUCAGGGCGCGCAACUACUCCAGCGUAUUCUGGACAAAUACAAAGACAAUCUGCCAGCAGAAAUUGAUGCAUUUGCCCUUCUAAGAUGUACAGCUCGCCUUCUCCUUCUAGCAGUUUCCGAAGCUGACGAUCUUGACGAAGAGAUCCUGUCUCGGCUAUGUAGCAUCUUCAAGUCCGCUGCUUUAUUCACACAAAAACAACAGCAUAGUAAAAGAGCGACUUUGGAAUAUCAACUACAAGAAUGCAGGUGGCUGGAGAAGGCCAGCUACAACACUGCUGUGCAAUACCUCCAGACAUGGCCGGCGAAAUAUGUCAUCGACCUUCUACACUAUUCUUGCCAAGUGCACUUUCCUGCCCAAGCCCCAAUCCAGGUUCAAGAUGAGAAGCACAUUCAUGACGCCGAGGCAAAGUACAUUCAAGCAAUCUUAUACACGGUCGAGGCCAGGGCCGCCGCUACCGCGUAUCCGACUGAAAACAUUCCGAAGACUGCGUAUUCCGGCAAGGCUCCACCAUCUUCGCAGACGGAAAUCAGGUCUGCUUUGUACAGAAUUGUAUUCGCCAAGUUCUCAGAAAUUCAGAGCCACGGGGAUGCAUUACGAGAGAGUCCCAAUAGCGCCCUGGUCAAGCAGGAAGUUCUCGAUGCCAUCACGCAGAAAGUUAUCGUCCUAGCCCCGUUAGCCUUCGAAGCAGUCCUCUUCCUGGCGCGCACAAGGACCGCCGAUGUCCCUGAUCAAGCUCCGUUACAAGACGAACUCUCCCUUGCUCAAAUGGUCGACCAGAUGGUGCAACUCAACCCGCCUCAGAAGACGUAUUCGAUCUUUGCUGACAUGAUUUUGUCUGCCUCCACAACGGCCUCUGAUGCUCCUCUUCCUGAGCAGGAUCCGACCAGGUCGGUGCUGCCCAUCUCGACAACCACGAACUUGAUCGCCAAACUGAUAUCCGGGUUGCGAAACCACCCGAACUACGACAACAGUCGAGCCGCAAGAUGGGUGAGGUGCGUGGUCCAGAUUGUUCUCGACUGGCGGGAGUCGCGAUCCCACGAAUCACCCGAGAAAGACAGCGCGAGAGAAGAGAAAGGCCUGGGCACCGUGGCAAGGAUCACGAAACAUGCCCUGAAUUUAGCGCGGUCCGCUCCCGGUCAAGAUUACCCGACCGAAGAACUCGAGUGGCUCGCGGCGACGCUCUUCAAUCUCGCUAUCGAUCUAUAUGCGUCGAACUCAGAAUCCACAACGGCCGAUAGCGGCACACAAGAUAAAGGGGACAAGCAUCAGAAACCAAGCAAAGAAGUCACCACUGCUGCCGCUGCCGCUGCCGCCGCCGUUACCUCCCCGCAGUUCUGGGCCAAGAGAGCCGUAGAGAUAGCGGACGUGCUGGCCGUGGACACCGCACGAGGCGGCGAUGCGGGAAUGCUCGCAAAGCUACUCCGUGAGAGAUGCCAGAAACUGCACUGGGACGUGUGA